AUGGGCAACUACAACUGCGCCUUAGGUUUAACAUCCCAGUACGAUGAUCCAGAAUACGAUGCAGAAGUGCUUAUGGGAACAUCGUCUCACAACAGCGAUACCGAUUACAUCAGUGAUCGUUCUUCUGAAAGCGAAACCGACGCCGUGGCUGAAGGGUCCACAACUGCUCACAACUGCAACAACCAUAGCGAUAUUGGUGAAUGUUUGCGAACUUGGGCAGUUGUACGUAAUCAGCCACGCUCGUCGGUAAAUGAAAUUUUAGCUAUUUUGGGAAUAUGGACAGAUUUACUUCUUCCGAAGGAUUCUCGCACGCUAUUGAAAACGCCAAAAACCAUCGGGGAAGAGAUACAAUCGAUAGCGGGCGGCGAAUUUUGGUACAAAGGGAUAGAAAAUAAUCUCGUCAAUUAUUUUAAGUCAACUGUUCCAUCAAUCGACGAAUUGUCGAUACAGGUAUCCACCGACGGACUCCCUCUUCAUAGAGGUGGACCUACACAGCUCUGGCCCAUCCUUAUGAAGAUUGUAGAACUGCCCUCAGCCCCAAUUAUGAUGAUCGCAGUGUUUUGUGGACCAGCAAAACCAACCAGUCUGGAAGUAUUUUUAAGACAGUUUGUAGAGGAGGCAAAUGACAUUCAUCGAAGGGGAUUGCGGAUCGGAGAUAAAAUGAUAAAAUUCUCGAUCCAAGCUAUUAUUGCAGAUUCUCCUGCGCGGGCUUUCCUUAAAGCAACAACCUACUUCAAUGGAUAUCACGGUUGUAUGAGGUGUACCUGUGUUGGGGAAUACUAUAAACCUGGAAAAAAAAUUAUUUUCGACUCCGUUGGCGCUCCUCUACGAACGCACCAUGGAUUUAAAUCUAGGGAUUGUCCGGGUCAUCACCAGGAAUGGCGUUCACCCCUGGAAGACCUUGAUAAUUUUGAUAUGGUGGAUAAAUUACCGACUAGUUGUGGGUUGCACUUAUGCGAUGAGGGUGCGACUCGCCGACACUUGUGCGGUCUUAUAGGUGGAAGCAAUAAGGAUGAUGCCGAAAUGAUGCUGGAUGAGGAUGUUGGUGGUCGGACGAGCUUCACUGGAGUGUUCACGGAAGUAUUGAUGAUGAUGCCGAGAGGAUGCGAGAUGAUGAUGCUGAUGUUGACAACUGUACCAGUUUUGCUGGGGCAUUUACGUUGAGGACUGGUCGGCAAAUUCGUUCAGAUUUAAUAAUCACUGGUCUCUUUGCCUGUUUUGCACUUUCAGGAGCUGAUGACGGUGAUGCCGAAAGGACGCGGGGCGAGGAUGCUGAUGAUUGCACGAGCUUCGCUGGGGCAUUCACGUGAAGGACUGGUCGGCAAAUUCGUUCAGAUUUAAUAAUCACAGGAGCUGAUGACGGUGAUGCCGAAAGAACGCGGGGCGAGGAUGCUGAUGAUAGCACGAGCUUCGCUGGGGCAUUCACGUUAAGGACUGGUCGGCAAAUUCGUUCAGAUUUAAUAAUCACUGGUCUCUUUGCCUGUUUCGCAGUGCAAGGAGCUGAUGACGGUGAUGCCGAAAGGACGCGGGGCGAGGAUGCGAUGGCUGACGAUUGAACCAGGUUCACAGGGGCAUUCACGUGCCAGGAGCCGAUAAUGGAGAUGCCGAAAGGACGCAGGAUGAUUUUUUUGACCAUUGCACGAGCUUCACAGGGGCAUUCACGGAAGGAAUAAUGGUGAUGUAGAUAUGGAUGUCUUUAAUGGUACGAGGGUCGCUGGUACUACCGAUGCCUGCGCUUUUACGCUGAGAUCUGGAAAUGAUGCCAUCGGUGCCGUUAUCGUUUUAUACACGUUGUUUGAAGCCAUUUCGCUAAACGUAUCCUAAAUGAACAUUUUGUUUAUUU